CACGAACUUGGUGCUUCGUCCUUCUUCCCGGUGUAAAAACGACGCAUCGGAUACCUCAAAUAUCCGCAGGAAUAAUGGCGCUCGUGUCUUAAACGGUUCCAUAGCUUUGCUCUCCAAGCCGUGGUUGGUCUCGUCUUCUCUCCGUUUCGGUGAUUGCAAGAGUUGAGGAAAUGGCCACGGAGGGCGCCCUAGAACUUCCUGAGUUGCGGAGGUGAUACGUGGUCUAGUAGGGUACAAUUAAUUUUCCAGUCUGUGCCUGUGUGGUGUUUGUAUAAUAGGUUACACUAAGCUCCGAAAUGACACUUGUAGCUUGUAGUUUUUAUUUAUUUCGAACCAAAUAGUUUCGCUAAGUAAUCGCGGCCGUUAAAAAAUGCCCUUACCACUCGCCAAGUUUCCGGCCGUUUAUCGAUUGCUGUGAGGUUAUGAUCGGAGAAUUGACUUGACUUAUGUCCUACACCCAAUGUUUACUGUUUCGCCUUUUUUCAGAUUCUUCAAAGUAGACGCUCUACUACUACCUCUAGCUACCGCCAUCCAGACGGUUCACGAAGUUUGCGGUCUCUCCUUUCCGUAAUCUGCAUGUUCCGACUACAAUUAACCCUCGAUUACGUCGCCAAAAUCGUUUUACAUCUCUUCCCAUUCAUCGGAUUACCAUCGAUGAGAAAACAAUGUGAAACGUUAUCAUUGCCCGAGCUAUGACAUUAAGUGGAAUCCAUAAACAAGAGCGACAAUGAUCGGUACAGCCGGUGGAUUGGAAGAUGCUUGUAGACAGGCUCAGGAUAUGAUCAACCAUGCAUCUCGGUGCUGGAGGGAUGGACAGAGCCAGUGUUCCAUGAGUUUUCCAAACGAGAGGCCCGUAGGCCUCAAGAAGGAACACUCUCGGUCCAAGCACAGCAUCCAGUCCAAACUGACGGGAUUAUAUUUCGAAGAACUGUCCAAAGUUCCUCACGCAACGCCCGACUCCGUUCUGAAUAAUCUGGAGAACGAGUGCGACCUUCUGGGACGACUGGUGCAAAGGGAGGGAUUUCAUACUCUGAUCGUCAACCUCUAUGCCGGCAACAAAGGAUACUCAUUAGGUGUAAGAAAUAGCGAUAAAGUGAGUCAGUACGAGAAAACCGCCCUGCUGGCGGAGACGCAGCUGAUGGGUUACGAACAGGGCGAGCUGCUCUCGUGCAUCGACAACGGCCAACUGCCGGCGAUGCUAGCGGAGCAGCUGGAAACCAAUCAUUCGCAUCUCUUCUACGACGGCUGCAUCAUCGCCGAGGUCCGAGAUUAUCGCAAAGCGUUUCCCCACAAUAAAGCCGAAGUACACCACGUUCUCCUGAAGCCUACCACGCAAAGCGUUCUCUCGGACGUAUCGACGUUGACCAGCGACGGGGAUUGGAGCCACGAGGAGCGAUUGACGUUGGAGUCUUAUCUGGUGGCAGCUACCCAAGGACCGCUCUGUUUGGACCCGAAUCCCGUUCCCAGUUUGGCGACUACUCGGCUCCGCCAGUCCAAGUCACUGCUGACGGACCACCAGUUGAUGCGACAAGCCAAAAAAUUCUCUCAGGUGACCGUGAAUCGGAAGAGGAAACUGGAACAGUUGGCGCAGCCGGAGGGCCUGACGAUACAGGACUUGAUGCAGAAGUUGAGGACCAAGAGAGGCGUCGCCGUAACCACUGCCUGUCCUCCACCUUCGCUCGUCAAUCCGCCUCUGCCUCCGCCGAGUACUCCGAUCGACGUUCUAAGAUACGCCAAGGCGUACGAGCGGCCGCGGGAGACGAGGGACUGCCUGCCGCAGCUUAUAGAAGAGUAUAUAUUAGAGACUGAAAGGGGCCAAGGCCGCGUGUAUCAUAUAAAGCUCUCCAUCCUACAGAGACCUUCCAAUUCCGAGUACCUGGGAGAGCUUUAUGUCGAUAGGGAUCACCGAGAGGGAGAAAAGAACGGAUCUGCUUGCAGAUUCAGCUUGGGCACUCGAGCUCAAGCCAAUCAUUAUAUUCAGCAGUUCACAGAGAUUUUUACGGAAGAGGGUAGGAAAAAUGUAAGGAUAAAGCAUGUGGUACCGGGGCAGGCACCUCGCGUUACAUGCACCCUAGGCAUGCAGAGAGCACAUCAACAGGCACAGCAGCAAGCGCAGGCGGCACAGUUGGUGGCUCAACAGCUCCAGCAAACUCAGUCGCAACACGGCGCUCACCAGAUUCUGUCGCGGGCGCAAGGCCAGCUGAACACUUUGGCGGGCCAGGUCGCCUCGAUGAAGGCCAUGACGGACGCGACUACCUCGGCCCAGGUCGGCCUGACGUGUCUGGACUCGGCCGGAAUCGGCCAGGUCGCGAACCACGGGGAUCCGGCGAGCAACCAGAGCCAGCCGCUGACCAACGGCGGUCCCCCCGCCGCGGCGGCCGUCCAGCUGGACGCGACCGGCAGCUCGUGCAACGGCUCCGGAAUCCUGGUCUUCCAACAGAAACCCGUGGCGACCAGCGUGCCGGUCUUGCAAGCCCAGCUACAGGCCGGGACGCAGGCCGGGACGCAGGCCGUCGUCGGCGAGGCGGGAAACGCCGCAUCGAGCGAAGCUCCGUUCAAGAAGCACUCGACCAAUCCCGAGAUCAGCGCCCUCGCGACGUCUCUGAUGAAUUCGGCCGAACAGUUCCAGGAGCAGGCCGCGGCCGCAGCUGCCAUGAACAACAACGGACCGCCAGUGAACAAGCCGAACAACGCGGCGAUUCUCAGCCUGCUCAACAGCAGCCCCGCCAACUUGGCGCAGCAAAAGGCGCAGCCUCGGAGGAACUCGUUGAACGCCUCCGUGCCGCCCAGGGUCAUCGGGCACGGUAACGUGAUAACGGUCCCCAGCACAACGGGCCAGGUCCGGCUGAGCUUCGGCUCGGCCCUGACGAGUCAGCUGGCCGGGAAGCAGCAGCCCGUCAAGGCCGCGGCCGUCAGGCUGGCCCGAGUCCAGGACAACGCCUCCACUCUCGGCUUGUCGAUGCCGGGCCUCUCGGCUCUGCUGGCGGGUUCCCCGUCCGCCGACAAUCCCAUGCCGGGGAUCAACGCGACGUCCUCGCUGCUGGAGAGGCUGACCGGGUCCUCGAGUCGGAGCAGCCAGCCGACCAGCCCGAUGACCAGUCCCCCGCCGGCGAACGUCAACCUUCAGGGCGUCAACUUGGCCAGUCUGCCGAACUCCAUCAACGGUCUACAGAACGUUCAGGUAUCGUUUCCCGGGCUGUCGCAGCCGAUCACGAUGUCGCUCAACGUGUCCGCGGCGACGGGCUCGGUGACGGGCUCGGUAACGCCAACCGGAGUCAUCGUGUCGCUCCCUGUAUCGUCGGCCACCAACACCUGCACCACGGUCUCCAGCAUGGUCGCAGCAACGGUGGUCACCACCGCCGUCGCCGGAAGUACCCCGACAGUAGUAAUCGCUAAUCCUGCCAAUACUCAUUUAUCAUUGCCAAUUGCUCAAAUCAUACCAUCCGGGGUGAAGGGUUUGUCGCAACAGAGUAUACGCAGCGGCAACGCGGUGACUCUGUCCCAGGGAGGGCAGGCGAUACAGCUCGUCGGAUCUCACAGGCCGCGACUCGGCCAGACGACUCGCCAAGUGCAGCCCACUCAGGUCAAGUCGGCCCACCUGCCGAACCAGCUGGUCACCGUGGCCAAGACCGUCACCGCGAACCAGCUGAUUCUCUCCGGCAACAAGCAGGUCCUGACGUCGAUCAUGGCGAACAAGCCCGUGCUCGUGACGACCCAAGCGACGCCCUCCUCCCAGGCGGUACCCGUGAACAAGCAAACUCUGCUGACAAAGUCCCUGCACGCCAGAGCCGCCUCCACGGUGCAGUGCAGCCCGCAGGCGCAGGCUCUCAACGUGGCCGGGAUAUCCCAGCAACAGCUGCAAAGGACGCUGAUGAAGCCGGUGCAGCUCCAGCAGCUGCAGCAGUGCCUGGCGGCCCAGCACAAGGCGGCGGUCGCGGCCGGGAGCUCGCCCAACCGGGCGCAGAUCCAGCCCCAGAGGGCCUCCACCUCGGGUCCCGGCGAGGAGUCCCUUUGAACCCUCCGCCUCUCCGCCGACCGCGAGGGGCAAGAGGAAUGAAAUAAUUAAAUACAUCUAGAUACGUGUACGUAAGUCGGACCCGCGUCUCGCCGUGCGUUAAGUGCGUGCAAUAAAGAAACGAAAGACUUCGGAAUUUCACGAGGGCCGUCUCGCAAUGUCGUAUAUCGCGAGGAACGGUCCCGAUUCUUGUACAUAUUACAUAUACAUACGAUAUAUGAUUUGUUUUAUAUUAAAAAGGAAAAAAAAAAUACUCGAACGAACCGGACACCCUUGGCCUUCGGCGAAUCCUGCCGAUUUUUUGUUCACUCGUUACCGUCCAGAAUCCCCGGGAGAAGGAAAAUGACGCCGAGAAAUCGCGGUUGAAAAAGUUAAGAGCUCCUUUGUAUUUCUCGUAAGGCAACGCUUAUAACGGAACGUGCAACGAUGCGUAUAAAUUAUGGAGAGGGCCAGAGAAUGUCCCACGUCCUCGGAAUAAAUAACCAAAACGCGCCGAGUUUCCGCGGAGGACUCGAGACAUUCGCCGACUCGGCGGAC